AUGGGCAAGAAACAAAGCAAAAAGCUUGAUCCUGAGGUUUUAGGUGAUCUCCUAAAACACACAAAUUUCGACGAGAGAGAGCUCAAGUCUUGGUACAAAGGUUUCCUAAAGGACUGCCCGACCGGUUAUUUGACGAAACAACAGUUUAUAGAGAUGUACAAAAAAGUAUUUGAUAAGGGAGAUGCAUCGCGGCUAGCCGCCUGUGUUUUUCGACGAUUUGAUGUCAACGGAGAUGAAAAAAUUGGUAAGACGCGUAAAUGUUUAUAUCCUAAAAUAAUAUGAGAAAAGGUUUUACUUUAAUUCAUUUCAUUUUAUUUUGUAUUUCGUGAAAGAAAUCCAUAGAAUUAUUUCAUCCAAUUUCUUUUGAUCACAAACUAUUUUCAUUUGUAUAACAAUAGCCUAACACUUUCAUUUUGAAAUAAAGUCUCAGUCGAUAAGUUAAAUUAAAAACAGCACAUCGAGAGAGCAAAUGUCGCCUAGAUAAUACCUUUGUAACUGUUACGGAUUAUGGGGACAAACUAAAGCAUUCUAUCAGUAACAAGCCUUUAAAUUCCUCGCAACAACUCUUUAUCAAUUUCGCAGAACAAAAUUUAUUUCCCCAAGAUUCAAAAGAAGACAAAAAUUGACGAGGAUCAAAACAAAUGUUGCAAAAAAGACUCGUGUUUACAGUGUGUUCCGAAGUGUCAUGAAUAAUUAAACAUUGGUCAGUAAUUGAAUUUUCGUGCCUCUUAUUGCACGAAUAUAUAUAUUUUUUUCUUUUCAGUGAGGUAGUUUUUCUUGUUUUUGAGAAAGCGGGAAUAUGUCCUAAAGAUACCAUUUCGACAAAAGAGAGCUUAGCAGCGUUAGGAGAAGCGCAAAGGAAAUAUAACAUUAACCCUGUUCAUACGCCGCUGAAGAAAACCAAAACUCGCUAUAAAGUUUCACACGAAAUUGCCGCUGAUAUUUCAGCAAACGCAUUUUAUCAGUGCCCUCGAAACCAUCGUUCCAAAAGGUUAUCUUAUGCCAGCAACGUACCCAAGUUUUCAACUACUAAUUUCCAUAAACAAUUUUUGUGGAUAUAUAUUUGCCUGAUGUGCCAGAGAAAUAAAUGAAGUUCGGUAAUUGUUAAAAGCGUUGACAAGCAUUUCUCAGACAGGUGCAAAGGGGACGAAAGGUUUUUGUCGGUUGCCAUUACCCCGAAGUGAGCGUUUCGCACGACUUUGACAAAAGUAAAGCUUAGUACGUUCACAAACUAAGAUUUAUCUUCAGAUUAAAGUUAUGCAACAGCGUUGAAAGAGAUUCUUCACGGAAAUCCAGUCAUCAUUAUCAACUUCAUAAUCAAUACCUUUCGGAAUAUUAGUUAGUUAAUGCUUUCUAUUUCCAUUUCUGGAGCUGUUUCGUUUUAUUGAGCAGAUGUACGAUGCAUGCAGUUAACAAUUUCUGCACCGAAACUGUCAGAGCAUGUUUUGCCUCAUAAAUGUUGAGUUUACAGAUAAAACACUAACAUCUCGCUUCCAUAUAAGCUUAAGUGUUUCCACUUUGCCGAGGAUUUGCAAUUUACUCCUAGUGAAUUCGUAGGCUACCAGCAAUGCUGAAACAAUUUGAGUGUAAAUUUAUUAAACAACAUGGCCGUCCAUUUCGAAUUUAAUUCAUAGAUAAAGUCUAUGAAUUUAAAAAUAAACAUCUGAAUUAACAGAAAAUUGUAAAACGUUUCCUUCUUCUUUUAGUUUAAGGGAACUAAAAUGAAAUAAAAAUUUAUGACCUUAAAUAUAUUUAUUUCCAGUAUUCAGCUGAGUAUUAAUUUGGCGCAGUUCAUUAGCGGGAUCGAAGUCAGAGAACUGAAAUAAAAUGAAGUAAAAAUUUAUGACCUUAAAAAUAUUUAUUUCCAGUAUUCAGCUGAGUAUUAAUUUGGCGCAGUUCAUUAGCGGGAUCGAAGUCGGAGAACUGAAAUAAAAUGAAGUAAAAAUUUAUGACCUUAAAAAUAUUUAUUUCCUGUAUUCAGCUGAGUAUUAAUUUGGCGGGAGUUCAUUAGCGGGAUCGAAGUCGGAGAACUGUAAACAAUUCAAAUCUGUUUUUGCAAACUGCUGACGAUUUCAAAUAAAUUAAUUGUGUAAGUAAAGGAAGUCUAAAACUCUGCAAACUAAUACUUUUUUAAAAUCCAAGUGAAACAAAAAAAACUUUCCUAUCAAAACUUUAUUGACACAAGCUACCUUCCGCUUUUUUUGUUGGCCUGGCUCUAAAUUCUGACUGAAGGUAAGACUUCAAUACGUUGUGUCAUAACAUACCCUGCGAGCAGAAUUUUCCCUCUUGCAUGGCUUUUAUAAGAAACCUCUGCUCGUAGGGUAGUCAUACCAGGACCAUUAAAUAUUAUACUUAUUUUCAGUAGCGAGGACUUUUCAAAUGAGAACUGUCUUUUUAUGGUGGCAAGGGGUGGGGGGGGGGGGGGGCGGUGAAAAACUUAACCCCACCGGCCCCCCGGGGGAAACCUUUUUCCCCCAAAGUUUUUUGGGGAAGUGGGGUUAGUGUAAGAAAGGGGGUUUUUCCAACGAAGUUAAAAAAACGCCAACAAACAAAGAAAAAAAAUGGGAGGCAGUGACAUAGCUUACACCACCCGUCCCCCUGUGGAAAUCAUUUUUCCCGCAAUGUUUUUGAGGAAGUUGGGUUAGUGUAAUGAAAGAGGUUUUUCUAACGUAAUUAGAAAAACGGCCACAAAUACAGAACAAACAUUUUAAAUGGUAGGAAGCCGGAGGAAGUAAAAACUUAGUUGUUUACCAGUAACAAACAAACAAACCACUCUUACGUGAAUUCAUGGUGUGUAGGAAAGCCAAAAAGUAAGAAUCGAAUCGAAGGUUGUAUGCCAGGCGCUUACUACCAAAACAACAAAACUUCUCGUUUUCUGCGUGUCAAAUACUUAACUUGGCGCCGCGCGUCUUGCCUAGCAGUGAAUGACGCACAGCAAAGGCAAACUUAUAUUAAUCGCACCAUGCCUUUUAAAAGUUUUAGAGAAAAUUAUGCGAGCAGUUUAUGUUCUCUACACUUAAAACAGUAUGAUUUACGAAUAAAUUGGUGUAACUUACAGUCUUAAUUACAAGGUUGGAUCUGGUUGUUUGCUUGAGGAAGGGUGAUAGGAAAAUAGUAAUGGCGGUUAUUUUGCUUUGUUCGUGACACAUGGCACAUGACGGUGCGAACAAAUUUACAAGCAAUUGCUUAAUUGAAAACUCGAACGUGUUCAUACACCAAAUUAUUAAUAAAGUUCUAGUUCACUUUUCCUCGCCCCAUUUUUCUCGCGCGCUGGAUUCCGCCAAUGAAAAUUUUCCCCAAACCUGCUUGCAGGCUACUCCCUCUAAGACGCUCUCUAUCAAAGGUACAUACCUACAUACUCACCAGCCUCCCCGCAAACUUUCUUUCACAGAUUUUCGUGAGUUUAUGUGUUCUCUCUCGGUGUCGACACGAGGAACAAUGGAACAGAAGCUUCGAUUUGCCUUUAGUAUUUACGACGUAAAUGGUGACGGGCAUAUUACAAAGCAAGAAAUGUUCCGCAUCGUCGAUGCGCUCUACAAAACAAUGGGUGACAGACCAGAGGAGGUCAAAGGCAUACCGAAAUGGGACGAACUUACACCUGAGGAACGAACGCUUAAGGUUUUCCAGAACUUUGACACAAACAGGGAUGGUGUUUUAUCGUUGUCGGAAUUUAUCGAAGGAGCCAUGCGGGACAAAACACUAGCACUCAUUCUCUCUGGCGAGGGAAGUGAUCAAACAUAA